AUGUACUCUGUUUUGCUCUCCCUCAUGCAGCUAACAUUCCAGAAAGUUCUAAAGAAGGAAACAUUUUCCGUGGUUUUGGAAAUGCAAAUUUAUACAUCAGUUGUGGCUACUUGUGUUUCCAUUAUAGGCCUUUUCGCAAGUGGCGAAUGGAAGACUUUAAGGGGGGAAAUGGAUGGUUUCGCCACUGGAAAACUUUCUUAUGUCAUGACUUUGGUUUGGACAGCCGUGGCAUGGCAACUUUGUUCUGUCGGUGUUGUAGGUUUGAUCUUUGUAGUCUCUUCUCUUUUCUCCAACGUUAUUAGUACUCUUUCCUUGGCCGUUACUCCUAUUGCGUCUCUUAUCGUCUUCCAUGACAAGAUGAAUGGUGUGAAAAUAAUUGCAAUGCUGAUGUCAUUUUGGGGUUUCACCUCUUACAUCUAUCAGAACUAUCUUGAUGAUAUUAAGGAAAGCAAAACAAAAGCUGAUGCUAAAGAUGCCUCUACCAGUUCUUGUUGCUGA